CAGUCCUUUGCGCUAACUAUAAUGAAAACGGAAGAACGCCACUUUGCAGAGGCAUGUGCAGAACAGUUUCAAACUGUGGCAUGCAAGUGGGAAAUUGAAAGAAAAGUUACAACCAUUGGGACUGACAGUGCACGCAAUAUGAUUGCUGCGGCUCGUAUUCUACCAUACGAGCAUAUGCCCUGUAUCGCGCACGUCAUACAGAGAAGCAUCACUGUGAGUCUCGCUGACAGCGGAUUUGUUCCUGCAUUAGCCAAGUGUCGCAAGAUUGUGGGACAUUUUAAACACAGCCCGGCAAACUUAACGGAGCUGAAUGCAGAGCAGGUGAAACUCGGACAGCAGCAGGAGCCACUGAUCCAAGACGUUCCAACGCGGUGGAAUUCCACACUUGAAAUGGUCAAACGCAUCAUCCCCAAUCAAGCAGCAAUAAAAGCAACCCUGGAUCAACAGCAGCAUAAUCUCGUCAUGCUGACGCCAGCAGAAUGGGAUAAACUCCAGAGACUGGAGACCCUUCUAGAGCCCUGCCGGUAUGUGACUCAGAUCCUGGGUGGGGAGGCCUACGUCUCCUGCUCAGUGGUACUACCUGCCCUCUGCCACUUACACCGUGUAAUGGAAACUUCUGAUGAGGACCCUGCAUACAUGAUUAGAUUUAAGACCAAAUUCAAAGACGACCUAGGCUCCCGCCAAGAACACACCAACAAUGCAUGGCUCAAGAUUGCAACCGCACUGGACCCACGUUUUAAGGACUUGAAAAGUGUGCCCAAGGCAGACAGAGAGGAGGUGUGGACCAAACUUGGAGGCCUUCUGCGUGAAUCACCUGGAAGACCUUCACACACUACUGAAGAUGGGCCACCCAAGAAGAAAAUGAACCUUCUUCUACAGCUGGGCUCAGAUUCAGAAUCAGAUGAAGAGGUACAGCCUGACAGAGCCUUACACAGGUACAGAGCAGAGCCCACCAUUGAAAUGACGGACUGUCCCUUGCAGUGGUGGUCAUCUCAUGCAGGAGCCCAUGACAAGCUGGCUCCGUUGGCUCGGAAAUAUCUAGCCACUCCUGCAUCCUCAGUUCCCUGUGAAAGACUCUUCUCACUUGCCGGUCACAUUGUGCAAAAGAAGCGGUCAGCUUUACUCUCAGAAAAUGUGGACAAAUUGGUUUGCCUCAGUAACUGGCUAAAGGAUGAAUAGAGAAGCGGGCCACAUGUAAUUGUGUAGGCCAUGUUCUUUUGGUUUGAUAAAAAAGAGAAAUCUCUUUGUUUUUCCUUUGUUGAAGAGAAAUGGCCAAGAUGGCUAGUGUGUUACAGAAGGAGACACCAUCCUAUUUUGUUUUACUAUUUCAGUUUCAU